GGAACUGAUCAUAUAACUGAAGUUGCCAAAGCCAUGAAGACCCACAACACCUCAGAGAAGAAAACAUCCGGAUCCUCUGCUCCUUCUCGGUGGCACAGGGGCCGGUUUCGCCGCAAGCCCUCCCCGCAUAUGGUGGUGAAGGGACAGCUUCGGAUGCGCUCACCCUCCGGAGUCUUCGUGAUGGUGGGGAUCUCGGUGGUCUUGGUGGGAAUGACCAUCGCCGUGAUCGGAUAUUGGCCUCACCGUACGAAGUCUGGCAGUGGCAGAGCAGGCAACUCCAAUGUCACCGGAGAGAUAAGGAAGGAGAUUAAGGUUUCUCCCCAAGCUCGCCUGUUCCUUCACAGUGAGAAAUUGAAGCUCAUUGGGCCGGUCGUCAUGGGUGUGGGCCUCUUUAUCUUCAUCUGUGCGAAUACUAUGCUGUACGAAAAUAGAGACAUGGAAACUCGCUUGUUGAUGCAGCAGGAGCUCUAUUCCAUGGGCCUGAAUUUCUCACAGGACACCGGACCAGCAAGCGAUUACUUUCAACGGAGGAGGACCACCUCAUCUACCCUCAGGGCCAAUGCCGAAUGUGUAGAAGGCUACUACGAGGUGGACCUUUCUUCCAGUGGCUUCCAGUCUUGCUCCAGCCCUGUGAAGAAAUGGGUCAACAGCUGCAAUUCCAGCAGGCUCCAAACCACGACCCAGUUCUUCCAUCACAAGAGCACCUCCCCUUCGCUGUCCCUCUUGAGUGUCCAUUCGGACUCCGGCAACGCAGUGCCAGAGAACGGAGCCUUCUCCUUCGCUUGCGGAACAGAGUCCAUCCUCUCGACAGCGGUCAACGCCCUGCCUUUGCCUCUCAUUAAGCUGAACAAUUGUCUGCUCGAAAAGCAGAGCGUUUCUUGGGUGGGUGUCCGGGACUUGGGAAGCAAUUGUAGGUUGCCAGAGGAGAAGGAGGAGGUACGGAGACUCUCGUGGGCUUUUCCGCCUGGAUGCAGCAACCAUGUUGUGCCCAGGAAGGACACUCUUAAAGACAGCCACGUAGUUAUUGACAUGGAUAGCACGCCCCAUUCAGGCACCUUGGUGGGUGAAUUUCAUGAAUGUGCAAAGAGAGAGUUCCCAAAUUCAGGUCAUUCUAAAUCCUUGGAUCUUGGCCAGCCAAGAACGGCUUUGGUGGCACCCAGCAUAGACAGGAAACACAGGAGCUGGCCGAGACUUGAUCACAUUGGCCUACUCGACUAUGCAAAACUGGAAAGCCAAGGAGAAUCUUCUGACAGGCUUUUGGGGGCCUCGAAAGAGCUUUUUAGGGGGGAGAGCAUUUCAUUAUCCCAGGAAAUUCCUAUGAAAACAGGUCCUAUCAUUUGAUCCGGCACCCAAAGGGAACUGUGUUGUUUCACUACGUCAGAUGUAGGCCUUGCCAAGAGGAGAGGGGCAGGUUGAUCAGUAUUUGCCAUGAGCAUUGCAAGGCUGGCUGCUUAAUUCAUCAGCCCAGGUCUGUUGCCGACGGAGAAAUCGUUCAGAUGACUUUCUUCCCCAGGGUCAUGCAGUUUCUUGCCUUAACUAAAAGUCUGAUCGAGUGUGAAAAACAUUGCCGUGGAUGGACUACGCAUUCCAGGUGGCGUACGUCUGUGUAGGAACACAAACCCCGUGUGGGUCGGUGAGCCUGAAGUUCCAUGGUACACAACUGGGCUGCUCACAAUUCAUUUUGUAAGAAGGGCUGCGGGGAAGAGUCAGAAAAUAGCACGGCUUCAGAAAUGCUAAAGUGAUGCCUCCUAAAAUCACAAAGACCUGGUUUUAAAAUAUCGUGAAGUUACACUUUUUAUACAGGGAUGCUCAAUUCUUUGAAGCUCAACUACAGUUCCUGCCUGAGGUCUUUUAAUGCUCGGUUAGGAAUACUAGUUUAUUUUUCUUUUAAAGACAGUUUAAAUACACUUGUAUUGCUGAUCUCAUAAUUUGGAAGCCAGUGGUUUCUAAAGUAAAAAAAACACAAACCAAUCCUACAAAUUAAUGGGUGUUUCUUCUUUAUGUGCUUUAUUUUUUAGGGAAUCAAUGAGAGUGUAAAAUGUCUAUGGAGAUUCUCAGUC